AUGACACUUUCAUUCUCGUUGCUUAGUACUUGCUUGCUAAUGCCCAUCACUGUGCUGGCUUCCGAUUCAAUCCUCAGCCGUGCAACCUGUUCAAACUUCAGCACGCAGAGACAAGCAUACACUCUGCCAGGCCCUUCGCCGUUCAUCAUCAGCACUGGAGUGGUUUGCAGCGGCAGCAACCCCUGUGAUGUUCCGGUUGGUGGCUUCGUCACUGUGAACCGCUUUGUAAACGUCUCUGGACUCGAUGAUGGCACCGUCCCCGACCUUUUCGCUUUGAUUAGCUCGUCAGAUCCUUCAGUCGACUUCACAGAAUCUAUGAGCAACAACAUCUCAUCAGUUUCGACCCAAAGAAUCCAGAAUGGUACUGCCGGAUACGUGGUCUUCACGCCAAACUUCCGCUGUGUAUCAGGCACACUUAGUGGCUGCCCUAGUGGCAGUGCAGCUUUGACAGAUGGAACCUUUAUCGAAGCUUGUGCGCCAAUUAAAGACGGCGAGGGCUCUGAUGAUAUCUCUGGCACCAUCAACCCUGUGAAAACAGAUGAAGCCACGGCCAAAGCUGUGACCUGUAAUCCAGCCAACGUUAGCAGUGCAGCUGAUGCGCCGAACAAGGCAUGCACUAGUCAGAAGGAGGGAGAUACAAGUGGAGCUAUGCGUAUAGCUACAUUGGGAAGCGCUGUCAUGGCAGUUCCUCUGGUCGCUUUCAUGGCCUCCGUUGUCAAUAUCAUCUAG